GCUCCACGCUCCCCGCCGCCGUCGGAGCACGCCGCCGCCGGUCUGUCCGGGCCGGAGGCGCGCAAAGAAUGGCGCGGUGCCCGCCCCGCAGCCGCCCGGGGAGCGUCGCGGGCGAGCGCGGCAGCUCCGGGGGAAGUUGAGAGCCGCUCCGGCGGCUGCGAGGGGGCGGGCGGCGCCGGGCGGCCGAGGAGGAGCCGGAGCAUCCCGGGCAGCGCGGAGAGCCGGGCGGCGGGGCUCGAUGGGCAGCUCGCACCGCCAUGGUCAUCGCCCUCAACGGCAGCCACCUCUACGGUAACCUCCGGCCCUUCGCGCUGGAGGAGCCGCGGGCGCUGGGCGGCGGGAGGAUGAUCGCCGGCUCGUGGCCCCCGCGCAGCCUGGCCAAGCUCGGCCCGGGAGGCACUCCCCCUCCGCUGCCCGCCGCCAGCCCCGCGCCCGGCAACGACUCGCAAUGCGGGGAGCAGAUCCUCAGCUACGGCAACGUGGAGAAAGUUGUCAUCGGGGCCGUGCUCAGCCUCAUCACGCUGCUGACUGUCGCCGGCAACUGCCUGGUGGUCAUCUCCGUCUGCUUCGUGAAGAAGCUGCGGCAGCCCUCCAACUAUCUCAUCGUCUCUCUGGCCCUGGCCGACCUCUCUGUGGCCCUGGCCGUCAUGCCCUUCGUCAGUGUGACUGAUCUCAUCGGUGGCGAGUGGAUCUUCGGGCGCCUUUUCUGCAACGUCUUCAUCGCCAUGGACGUCAUGUGCUGCACGGCCUCCAUCAUGACCCUCUGCGUGAUCAGCAUCGACAGCAAAGAAAGAAUGGAGCCACAUCCUUUCUCUGCCAGCCUCUUACCAGCAUCCAGUUGUCCAGUUCUUCAUUCCAUCCUUCCACUUGCUAUUUCUGGUUCUCUAGUCUGGUACCUUGGAAUAACAAGACCGCUCACAUAUCCUGUGAGGCAGAACGGGAAGUGUAUGGCCAAAAUGAUCCUGUGCGUGUGGCUCUUAUCUGCCUCUAUCACCAUACCCCCGCUCUUUGGUUGGGCCCAAAACGUGAAUGAUGAAAAGGUCUGUUUGAUCAGCCAAGACUUCGGCUACACGAUUUACUCCACGGCAGUUGCAUUUUAUAUCCCAAUGUCAGUGAUGCUUUUCAUGUAUUAUCAGAUUUACAAGGCUGCCAAGAGGAGCGCUGCUAAACACAAGUUCGCCGGUUUUCCCCGGCCAGAAGAAAUGGAAGGGAUUUCUAUGAAUGGAGUGAUAAAACUGCACAAGGAAUCUGAAGAAUGUACUAAUUUUUCACGACUCCUGAAGAAUGACAAGAAAAACAUUUCCAUUUUUAAGAGAGAGCAGAAAGCUGCCACUACUCUUGGGAUUAUUGUUGGGGCUUUCACUGUGUGCUGGCUGCCAUUUUUCCUCCUCUCGACUGCCAGGCCCUUCAUCUGUGGCACAGCAUGCAGCUGUAUCCCACUGUGGGUUGAAAGAACCUUUCUAUGGUUGGGUUAUGCAAACUCCCUCAUUAACCCUUUUAUAUAUGCCUUCUUCAAUCGGGACCUGAGGACAACUUACCGCAACCUCCUGCAGUGCAGAUAUAGGAAUAUCAACCGGAAACUAUCAGCUGCAGGGAUGCAUGAGGCUCUGAAGCUUGCAGAAAAGCCAGAAUUUGUUCUGUAAGGAGAAGUUCUGAUUUCUCCAGGGAAAAGGAGUCCUGACUCAUGAUCUGCAUCAAAGCAGCCAAAAAAGCCAGGCCAGAACUGGAAGAAGAAAAAUGAAAAGUUGGCUUCUGAAGAAAUAUAUAGGUUUACAAAAUGUACUUCAUCUUCUUUUGAGGGGAAUGUGCUAAAAAUACUCAAUGAGCUCAACACAUUACAUUAAAUACAUUUCUACUGGAAUUAGUCACGUCUUGUUUGUUAUGGAGAAAAGUGCUGCUAUGUACAAAUCAGAAUAGUUUUCUGCCUGAGAAAGCGAAAUUAUUUCAGCAAUAAGAUUUUGACACAUGGGGUGGGAAAGAAAUGCAACUGAAAUUCUAAGAUAAAGUGCUGAGCAGAUUUCCACUGCGUUCAACAAUGUAGAAGACAUUCAUUUAUGUUUAUCAUGCUUGUUGAUCCCAACAAUGGUAUUAUUUUUCAGGGAUCAUCAGUGAGAUCGAAUGUAUUCUGUUGUACUGCAAAAAGAUGUUUUCAAGCACACUGUAGCUCAGUGGAUGCUUUCAAGGCCUGUGAUAUUUUACGCACCUGGAAUAGGUUCUAGAAGGGCAACAAUAAAAGACUGAUUUUUGUAGAAGUGUUCCACUGUACAACAUGAAUGCCUGUUUGUGAGCAUAGCUUGUUAGUCCCAUUCCCAACCUGCUAAGAAGAGCUGUCUUCAGCUAUGCUAUGACAAAAGUUAUGGGCCAGAAACAGAACACACACGUCACACCAUGCUUAAUUUACAAAUGAGUUUGCUUUGCUUUAGUGUAACUUGGGUGAUCUGCCAAAUUAUAAAAAACAAGCAUUCUCUUCUCCUAACAGAAAUAAGAGAGUCUUGAGAAGUUCCAUAGCACUUUGCUUGCUGUCUUACUGACCAGCUAGAUGAGACUGAGAAUUACAAAAUCUGUUACUUAAAAAAAAGUUAAAAAAAAAUAUUUUGAAAUAUUCAUUCUGGAGUCCCUACAGAAUCCCAGAUAGGCAACGUAAGUUGCCUUUCUCUACUGCUACAAAAUGAACACUCAAAGCAUCUGCUGCUCUCCAAGCUCAGAGAAUGGAGCAGCAGAACAAAAGCGGUUUACAUCUCUGUGUAUGCUUAUUUUACAGUUAAAUAAACCCCUUUGCCUUGGCAAAAAAUUAUAUAGGCAAUUGUCAUUGAACAGUUUUUUGGGAGGGGGGAAGAGGAGAAAUUUUUUUGAAGUUGUCUUCAUUUCCACUUAGAGUUUCUAAACUACACAGGGUUAUAUAUAUAUAUAUCUCCCACCGUAUAUAUACACAUACAUAUAUACAGUGGGAUACAUGGUUCUUAAAGUCUCUCUUCUUUACAGUUACAGCUGUAUGAGCACUCAGCAUACUUCCAUUGCUGUAUGAUUUCUGAUAUUAUUCUACUUCAGUUUAAACUCCUGCCAUAUGUCAUGCACUGACUCUGCAUGCCAUUACAGCGUUGAUUUCCUUUAAAUUCAUAUACAAGUUCACAAUAUUUGCCUAGCUAAGAAAAAGCUGUGCUUAGCAACAUGCGUCAGUUCAUUACUUAUCAACGAGAGAUAAAUAUGGGAUACAAAUCUAUGUUAAGCCUAUGUAAAACCUAGGGCAGAGGACUCACUAUGCUGAUACCCAAAGCCAGCUCCUGUAGUCACAGCAGAGCAGCAUAGUUCCAGUGUACUAGAUCAGCAAGGCUCCUUUUAUUACUUCACUGAUAGAACUAAUCACUGUGAGCUCUGCAAUUGGAAAGAGCCUUUUAUAAUGUAUUUCCCAAAGGGAAUAGAAAAAAACAAUGUUUUUAUACUUGGUUAACCUGAAAUACUCAACAUGAAAUGGGAUGUCUUCUGUCAAUGAUCGAUAACGUAGUUCUGAUUGAAUUACUUGAGAAUAUAUUCCAAAGUCAGAGUUAAACUGGAAAAUAAUAUUAUAACUGGACUUAAUGAGACAGGGAUGAGACAGGUCCAUAAGUAAAACUAUUUUUUUUUUAAAUCCAUAGAUAUAUACAUAAAAAUAACAUCCAUCUAUUCCUUGCAUUUUAUAAUCAUACUGCCUUACGAAAAGAAGGAAGUAGAUAUGUGAUCAUCUAAUAAGCACUCGUUAUUUUUUAAUAUCUAUUAAAUUACCAGAACCAUUUUAAAAUUAAAAGAACACCUUAAAAUAAGUUGUGGUAUCAUGUACCUGUAAAGGGAUAAAGUAUUUUUGCUCCAUGAAGAUUUUAAUCCAAGAACUUUCAGACAGAGCCACAAGAAACAUAGGGAACAACAGAGUACUGAUAGCUCAUUUUCUUCUUACUGCAGCUGUCAGGUCUGUCACCUCUCAAACCAACGCACAAACCCACACAGUAGGUAACCAGGAGAGUCACUCAAGGCUGAAAAAGUAUUCAAGACUAGCAAGUUGUGCAACAUCUUAGAGGACUCAAAAAGUGGGGUUGAUCAGAGGAAGUUAUGAGAUCAGACGGCCUACAGGGAUAACAAGUUUAGCUUCCAAUAGUUUCUGUAGCUGGUAGUACAAAAAGCAGUACGGGGACCUGAUCUGCCUUCCACUGAGAUAAUCCAAGUCCCCAGACUGUAGCUGUGUCUGUCACACUGAACAGACAGGAGAUACUUUUCUAACUGUCACCAAGCUUGUCCUGGGAUGUGAUGGUCACAAGGCUGCCUUUUGGUAGUUAUCACAGCAUGUGUCAAUUUUAAUAAAUUACAUAUGAGCUGGGGUUCAUCUUAGCUUUCCAAGUGGUGAAGUAACUGCUGCAAUGAUUAACAAAGAUUACAUAGAAGAACCUUGAAGCUUUAGAAUUACUUAGACAAAUGAGAGUUUACAAAGGGGAGAAUGGGAACCACAGCAUUUUUACCUCUUUAUCUUUAUUAAAACUGUAUUAUCUAACUUCAAUUCUAGAUAGCCUUUAUAUUGAUCUGAGAGAGUUCCAUAGCACAUAAUCACAAAGUGGAGGGAUCAGAUUAUGGCAAGUUAGAGUUCCUUUCCUUUCUUUCAAGCAGCAACUGUCCUCACAGAGAGAGAUAAGUAUGUUCCCAGCUAUAUGCGUUUCACUCAUUCUCAAGGAACACUGUAAUAAUACUGCUUCCUAUCAAGCCAGGAAUAUUACAUACUGGUGUGUACAGGAGAAAUGUAUAGAUAAGAAAACAAACAUUUUUCAGGAUUCUUUGAAAUAAGACAAUUUUCAGCCUCCUUUUAAAGAGCAAAGAAAAAGUACUGAGUAUUGUGUUAAUGUUUUUUGUUGUUGUUUUGGUUUGGUUUGGUUUUUUUUAGCUAAUUCAAUAGCUUCUCCCUUUAAUAUUGGAAUCCUCCAGCAUCUUGAAUCACACUAACAACUGUUUCAAUAGACAGGACAAUAAACUCUAUUUUUAACAGUUUUAGAUUAUUGUAGAAUUAAUGUCAUCUACUUUGCUAUUGCAGUGGCUACAGAGAAACGUUUUACUACUGAGAUACAGACACCCGUACCAAAGAGUUUUCUGGGCAUUAUUACAAUUAGUAGGAAAUUGCCUUGGAUUUCAGAGAGAUGGGAUUUUACACAUGGAAAAUCAGCAAGGAAACAUUUGUGGAAGACCUUUAGGGAACAAAAAAAGCCACUAUCUGAGAGUGCUCUUGUACAACAUUUCCCAUGGGCAGAGCACAGGCAAUAAAGCUCAGGUGCCCCCAGUGCCAAGGCCUAAGCUGUUGUGCCUUGGGGCUCAAGCAACUUAGGUCAUGAAAAGUAUCCAUGCUUGGUUUCACUUAUGUUUUUCAUUCUGCCAACUCCCAGAUACAGCUUUGGCCUAGGUACAAUGUAUAGCAGCAGCUGCUAUAUUUACAGCUUUAAAACAAUCACUUUAACCGUUACAAGUAACCAGUAAGUUAUUUUGCGUCUCAGAAAGGGUCUGACUUCAUGAAACAUAUGGCAAUGUCCCUGUUUCCCUUGCCUGUCCCUCUUGAGUACCGCUACGUUCUUUCCUAUUACCAUUCCAGUUGUUUGCUUCACUGUGAGUUCCAUCAUGCCUUGUUCUCCAGAUGUAUUCUAGGGGUCAACAGGCACCUGUGACAGCUGGCUUAUGAGCUUACUGUACCCAUAUGACAUCUCUCCUUUACUUCCUUCACCAUUUUGUGUCCUGCUUGAUGUGUACCUUACAAAUACAAAAUCUUUUCCCAUCUGCCAUCUUGAUUCUAGUUUAAAGUUCUUGCUAAAGUAGCUGGUUUUAUUAGUAUGACAGAGUGAUAAAUUUGCUUCAGGCUUGAGUGUGAAAUAAACACAAUGACAAAUAAGGAAAGCUUUUCUUACUAUCAGAAAAUGCACUGCUGAGAAAGUUAUGUGAAAGUAUUAAAAAACCUCAAACAUAUCCAAAUUUAAUACAGUAAGUCAGAUAUUAAAAUUUUAACAGAUAAAAAUGUAUUUAUAUAUAAUUUUUGUUAUCUGUGGCUUUUAAUAUUCAAAAGUCACCAGAGAAUUGAGCUGCAUGUGUUGUCUUAUAUUUUUCCCUAAUGAAAUACAGUAAAACACAAAGACAUGAAACAUAAGAGACUAUUUUCCACAAAUACCUUACCAAGAAAUACAAAGAAAUUAAGCUCUUCAACUCGUAAAUGGCCUCUAAUGAAAAUGUUUAGCUUUUCUUCUAGUAUAAAUCUUACCUGGAAAAGAAGAAUUACUGCUGCUUGCACUGAAAAUGAUUCAAAUUUAUUCAGGAGACUAAUUUAGUAGAAAUGGAAACAGGGUUCUUCCAUAUUAAGUACUGAGUUAUAUUAUGCUUCUAAAAUGUGUAAGCCCAGAGGGAUAUUAAAAUGUUAAUUUAGAUACUAUUUAAAAGGUAAUUAUUUUAUAUAAUAAAAUAAGAAGUCUACUGAAUACUAA